AUGUGGGUUGCCGCCGUGUACACCAACACGAUCUCCUGCACGUUGGUCUAUUCGAUUGCCAUCGUAGUGUACAAUGAGGGUGGGCUGGCAGCUAUUCCGGUAGUCAAGAAUUUGAUCGGAGCUAUCGGUCUCGGCUGUUACUGCUGGGGAACCACGAUCAUCUUUGAUGGCGGCAAAGAGUUGCAUGGACUGAAAGCCGUCGCGGUACUGAUGAUCGUUGGCAUUUUCGCUACUACGGGCCAUGCUCAAGACUUCCGUGACCGGACUGCAGACGCAACACGAGGCCGCAAAACAAUCCCGCUACUGCUCUCCCAGCCUGUGGCUCGCUGGUCACUAGCCACGAUAACAGCGGCGUGGACUAUAGGCUUGAUUGCCUUGUGGAAGCCCCCGGCUAUCGUUACUCUGGCAUAUGUUGCUGCGAGUCUCCGCUGUCUGGACGGGUUUCUCUCCAGCUAUGACGAAAAGGACGAUUAUGUGUCUUAUUGCUGGUAUGGGAUUACAGUUCUGGCUUCUUGGGAGUAA